UUUGCAGCCUUGCUGCACAAGCACAACUUUUACUGUGCAGAGGGUGAAUUAAAAAUGAUGUCUUUGGACAACUUUCAGAGGACAAUCCAGAAUCCGAUUAUUCCAUAUGUCGAGUCUAUAAUUGAUGGUCUUUCGCCUGGAGAACGUGUUGUAGUACGUGGGUUAGUUCCAAAAGAUUCAGAGAGGUUCCAAAUAGACUUCCAGUGUGGAAGUACCACAAAACCUCGGGCUGAUGUUGCCUUUCAUUUCAACCCCCGGUUCAAAAAAUCGGGUUGCAUUGUGUGCAACACUCUGCAGAAUGAAAAGUGGGGCUCUGAAGAGAUCAUGUAUGAAAUGCCUUUUGAAAAAGGAAAACCAUUUGAGAUUAUCUUUAUGUUUCUAGAGGAGAAAAUUCAGGUGUCCGUAAAUAAAAAGCACUUGUUGCUUUACAAACACAAAAUUAAUCUUGAAAAGAUAAACACCCUUGGAAUAUAUGGAAACGUGGAGAUCAACAUGGUCGGAUUUGUUGCAAAUAAGGAAGAAUUACCUGAUAAUUCACAAUUUGUCAUUCCUUAUAUUGCUAGACUUAAUUCUCCUCUUGAGCCUGGGAGAACAAUUGCCAUAAAAGGUGAAAUUAAAGAGAAAGCCAGCAGGUUUACAGUUAACCUUAAACCCAGUGAUUCCGAUGAUAUUGCACUGCAUCUGAAUCCCCGAAUGAAAGAGAAAAGUUUUGUGAGAAAUUCCUACCUGUCGAAUUGUUGGGGAGAAGAAGAGAGGGAGGUCCCUCAUUUCCCUUUCAGUCCAGGAAUGUACUUUGAGCUUAUAAUACUCUGUCAAGCUCACCAGUACAAUGUUGCCAUCAAUGGUGUCCACACCCUGGAGUACAAACACCGCUUUAAACAACUAAACAAGAUCAACACAGUUGAGAUCUCAGGGGAUGUUCUACUGCUCGACAUGAAGAGUUGGUAGUUGUGCAGGAAUACUUGUGCAUUUCCUAAAAUUGCUUGCAGAAAGAUCUCCAUCCUUCCCCCCACCUAAUCUUGAGGACUCAAGAUUAACUAUAAAGAACUGAUUCCAGACAUCUCUCCAUUCUUGCCCUGAUGAAGAAUUUCAGAUAUGCUUACUAAUUAACCAUAGCUUGCAUAGUAAAUAUACAAUAGAACAAUUGUAUAUUUAGAACAAUAUAUUAAGUGAUACACCAGCUCUUGCGAUAAAGAUCAUAUUUAAGGAUGAACAGCGAACCUGAAGACUACCAACAUCAAGCAGUUUAUGAAGCACUGAGAAAUUCCUUAAGAGUUUUUAUGUGUGCAUAUUUCACCUUUUAGACCUUUUUAGAGAAAUACCAUAUUCUAAGUGAUAAUCACGUGGCUGCUUUUUUUAAACACAAAUAUAUCUUGGAACAAAUAUAUCUCCUCUAGGAUUGCCCUGUGAGUGUUCAACUAUGUUUUUUUAAAAGAGUGUAAAGAACUUCCCAUGAAUAAUCUUUCUGUGGAAUGCUGUAAUCCAAAUGGAAAUGUUUAUACACAUUACGUAAUAAUGGCAGAUUUUAGAAACAGGGUCCAGUUUUUUCAGCUGAACAAUCCAAAGCAUCAGUAUAUAGUUCUAACAUGUUCAGAACUGAGAUAUGACUUCUAUGAAGCUAUAUACAAAACCUCAAAUUUUAUGUCUUCCACAAAUAAAACCAAAUUUGUAUAUCACAAA